AUGAGCUCUACACCAGGAAGAGCAGUUUACGGACGCAAAAGCGUUAACAAAACCCGUGUGGGAUCUUCUUUUGACCCGGCAUACCUACAAUCUAAGUCAUCAUCACCAUCUUUAUUUUCACCGCAAAGUUAUUACUCCAGCACAUCGCAGUCAACAGUUCUAAAACCCCCCAGCCCGUUUCAAACCAGCUCAUUUAGCGUAUUCAACACCCCAUCAACUUCAAGACCUACUUAUUCUAAGCGACGAUUACAAACUGGUGAUGGGAGCCGUCUGAAUAGUCCGGGUCUUUCCAGUAGGCAUAGUCCAACGCCAUUAAAAUCUCCAUCAACAGAGCCAGAAAGCCAAGAAACGUCAAAACAAGAUGCUGCAUCCUGUGCAGGCACGGAACAACCAUCAGCAUUUCGAAAAUUAAUAACUGAAGAUGACGAAUCGUCUCAACCUAUUACAGAGGUAGAUUCUAUUUCGGAAACGCAGAAAUUAAUCAGCUCAAAAACGGAUGACGAAGAGUCAGCUUCUACAACCAAGGAUAAUGACAUUUUUACUCCAUCGGAUCUGCCAAAUAAAAGCAAGGAAGAAGAAGAUAUUUUUGCUUUACCAGACCCUCCAAAGCAAAACAAAGAGGAAGAAGAUAUAUUUACACUUCUGGAAUCUAGACCAGCCCUUCCAGUACAAAAAAAGACCAACAUGCAAAAGGCUUUGGAACGUCGUGCAAAAGCUCAGCAGAGAUCAGCUUCGAAAAGACACAGUUUAUCGCCUGUGGCGACAGACUUAAAAGAUAUAAAAAAAUCACCUACAAUAUCUCCUGAAACUAGCAAACCAGUUUUGAGUAAAAUUGUGGUUCUUAAAAUUCCACAAAAGAAAUCUUCAGAUCCCACACCAAUCACUACGCCAACGAGGAUAUCAUUACCUGUGACGAAAUUAACAAAACCUUCUUCUCAAUUCCAGCAUCCUAAGAAUACUACAAAACCCGUCAAAUCCUCUCCAUUGCGGUCUUUUGAAUCACCUCCAAAGCAAUCUACGCAAAUUGAAAAUCGAAGGCGUUCCCUAAGAAUAUCUUCACAAAGUACUUUCAAUUCGGAACCUGAUAUUAAAAUAAUUGCCAGCAAACCUGUAAUUCGUGCGUCUCCUUCUUCUUCAGACCCAGCCAUUUACAGAAAGCGCUCAGCUUCAUUAAUAUCAAAUAGUUCUAUUGAGUCUGUAUCACUCAAUUCUAAUGAUAACAGUCCAAGGCGAAUGCUCACUGUCAAAAAAAUUAGAACACCUUCUCAGCCAACUUCAUUAAUAUCACCGACAAGAACUUCUAUUAUUGCAAAAGAGUCUGUACCUGCCACAAAGAAAUUGUCUUCAAUCGAGCAACAAGCUUGGAGUUUCUUAGAUUCAGUUCAGCUAUCACCUCCACAAAAGAAUAAAAAGCAAAAAUUUGCGCAACUUAGCUCUCUUAAUUAUAAUAGUGACUCUGAAUCUGAAACCGAGCAACAAAAUACUAGCAUCAUCAAAAAUACAUCGACCAUCUCUUACGACUUCACCAGCGAGACUCAGACUGACGAAGUUAAAGAAAAUACUGAUGAUAGUUCCACUACUCAUGAUUCCGGAUUGUUGACACCAAUAAAUAGGCUUUCUAUUUCUAGAAAACAGUGGUCUACUGUCCGUGCCACUUAUAGUGGAUCACGACGAUACGGAUCUGAAAGAAGUUAUCUCGCUGAUUCCACAACUGGAAACAAUGACAAUGAUGAACUUGGUUUGAUAGAUCAACUGGCUUACAAUAACGAUGAAAAUUCUUCUAACGAAGAGGAAAAUGAUGACAACAACGAUGAUUUUGGUGGAAAUCUCAAAACUGUAUAUGAGCUACGAGCAAUCGGAGGAAACACCAAGUUCACAGACGAAGUUCAAUAUAUUUUAGAUGGCUUAGGCAAUGGUGUUUCUGGUCGAAGAAGCAGCUUGCUGGAACUUGCUGAAAAGUGUAUAGAUCCAGAGUUUGCGCAAGAGUUUAGAGCGUCAAGCAUUCCUGGAGAAUUGUUCACUGAAGUUCGAGAAGAAAAAGACGUUAUUUCGACUUUUUUGGUUGGGUUUCUUGUUUGUACGCUUGUUUCUGGAGACGCCACCCAUGCAGGUCUAGCAGCAGCUUUAGUUCAAUCAUAUGGCAUUAUUGACGUGUUGAUGGAUAUGGUUGAUGACACUGAUGAUAUUUCGCGUGUUGUUUUCCGUCGCCAGAUUGGAGCGUCGCGCAUUUUUCAGCAACUGUUUCGCGAAACAUUGACCAAAUUCUAUACUGUGUUUGCCGAUGAUGGAAAAACGCUUGUGUUAUCACGGUCUUUGGUAGCGCUUACAGCAUUAAGUGCUUUAGAGAAACAAGAUGAACGUGUUGAGAUAUAUUUAAUUACUCAGCUCUUGCAAAAGAAAUUAAUCCCUCGAUUGCUUUCUUUGGGAGAAACACUUGAAGAAGAAUUGCUACCGGUAGCAAAACAUGAAGAGUGGAAGAUUUCUGAAGAGCAGGCUAAAAAUGACACUGAAAAGAUGGAAAUGGUUCAGGGGUACCUUUCUCAGCUUUAUUUGCUGAAUAUGAUUUCUGUUCAAAUAGAGUAUCUGUCGCAAAAUGCCUUUGAAGAUAUGCUCAUCCUUUUUGAGUCUGACUCUAAGUUUUUGUUCCGUCUUCCAGAGUUUAUGGACCAUUUGUGUACAGUUUGGAAAAACAAAGACAAAUACGAAGAAUGCAAUGUUUACGUGCUUCAUUCCAUCAAAGGAUUAACGAUCGAGUGGUUAAAAAUUCUCAUUUUAGUCACUAGUAACGUUGAUUUUAGCCAGAUUAUGGCAGAUCCACAUUCGCGGCGGGGCCGGUUUUUUAGUCGUGUAUAUGACAUGAAGUUAGCAGCCAAAAUCCUUGACUUUUUAAGUUCAUUUAUUGAGUUUCGGAAAAACAAGAAAUCGGAAAAGGAGCAUCACUCGCGCGCAAUGCUCGACAAAAACAUGGAGCUAUUUGCUUGGGGGUUGCUAGUUAACUUGUGCGAAAGCAGCGCUGUUACUAGCUAUCUGUUAACGAAUUCCGAGACACUUUCCAUUCUCAAGAUACUUAUGGAGCUGGCGUUUGACCAAAUGACUCGUCAAUCGUCUUUGCAGUCCGAGCCUGAAGAAGGGUUGCAAAGAGGUAGCGGAGUUGGUAACACUAGCCAUGGGUUCCAUUGCCGCGGGUACCAAUUUCUUGUUUUAGGAAUUGUAAUGACGAAGCAGCGCAAUAUUGCUCUACACAAGUUCAGCGCUAGUGAGAAAGAGAAUGUGCAGAAGGGGUUGCGAGAAUUUGAGCAAGGCCUUUCUGCCGAGUGGGGUCGUGGGCUACGUAGCCAAGUGACACAUGUGUUGAAGCUGUUUGACGAGGCUACCGAAAAAAGUCUAGUAAUUUUAUGA